CCUCUGACCCGGUGUCUAGUCGCUCUGUCUUCCUGUUCUAAACCACGUGGACGCGCCGGGGGCUGCUGUGGCCCGGGUCGCGCUCCCCGCUCCCCGGCCUCUGCGGACCGCACACACAUGGCGACCCAGGCGCACUCCCUCAGCUACGCGGGGUGUAACUUCUUGCGCCAGAGGCUCGUCCUGUCCACCCUGAGCGGCCGCCCGGUCAAGAUCCGCAGGAUUCGGGCCAGGGACGACAACCCGGGCCUCCGAGAUUUUGAAGCAAGCUUCAUAAGGCUAUUGGACAAAAUAACUAAUGGUUCUCGAAUUGAAAUCAAUCAAACAGGAACAACCUUAUACUACCAGCCCGGCCUCCUGUAUGGUGGAUCCGUGGAGCAUGACUGUAGUGUCCUCCGUAGCAUUGGCUAUUACCUGGAGGCUCUGCUUUGCCUGGCUCCGUUUAUGAAACACCCAUUAAAAAUCGUUCUGCGAGGAGUGACCAAUGACCAAGUUGACCCUUCGGUUGAUGUUCUUAAAGCAACAGCACUCCCUCUACUGAAACAGUUUGGGAUUGAUGGAGAAUCAUUUGAGCUAAAGAUCUUACGACGGGGAAUGCCUCCUGGAGGAGGUGGCAAGGUGCUUUUCUCGUGCCCUGUGAGGAAGGUCCUGAAGCCUGUCCAGCUCACAGACCCAGGAAAAAUCAAGCGCAUCAGAGGAAUGGCGUACUCAGUGCGCGUAUCACCUCAGAUGGCAAACCGGAUUGUGGAUUCUGCAAGGAGCAUCCUCAACAAGUUCAUACCUGACAUCUAUAUUUACACAGAUCACAUGAAAGGCGUCAACUCUGGGAAGUCUCCAGGCUUUGGGCUGUCGCUGGUUGCAGAGACUACCAAUGGUACCUUCCUGAGUGCUGAACUGGCCUCUAAUCCCCAGGGCCAGGGAGCAGCUGUGCUUCCUGAGGACCUUGGCAGGAACUGUGCAAAGCUGCUGCUUGAAGAAAUCUACAGGGGCGGAUGUGUGGACUCAACCAACCAAAGUCUAGUUCUGCUACUCAUGACCCUUGGACAGCAGGACGUAUCCAAAGUCCUCCUGGGACCACUUUCCCCCUACACGAUAGAAUUUUUGCGGCAUUUGAAGAGCUUUUUCCAGGUUAUGUUUAAAGUUGAAACCAAGCCAUGUGGUGAAGAACUCAAGGGUGGGGACAAAGUGCUAAUGACCUGCGUUGGUAUUGGCUUCUCUAACCUCAGCAAGACCCUCAAGUGAUCCUGUGCAGCAACAGGCUCCGCUGUGUGUGGGGGAAGCAGAAAGCUGCCGAGUUCCAAAGGGACCAAGUCCACACAUGCCCAUCGAGGACAGGACAGCCUCUUAACAUUACAGACUGGAUUUCUUUUCCACGGAAAAUACUGAUGUGCAAAUAAAAGCUGUCUCUACCAUGUGGCUUCCAGCUGUUUCUCCAGUGACAUGCCUCAGAGGCCUAGGCGUGGGCUUCCUGACUCACCUGAAGGAGGGGCCCUCAGUAAGUGGCCAUGCUGCUAGACAGUGUCCUGGCAACACUUCUUCGUCUUUGGACUGUGGUUUUGUGUAGGGGUUCAUGUGACAGUGUGUGUAGAAGCCCUCUAGUCAUGACAAGCUAGGAGAGUGCCAGAGGCUGGGGCAUUUGUUUUAUCUCUUGUCUUGUGACUGAGUUGCUUGCAUGGGCACAUGUUAUACUUAAUCUGGAGAAUUGUGUUUGUGUGGGUCUGGUGGUUGGAAUGGGGAGGGCAGACAUGUCGUAAAUGUUUUCUGUAUCCCAGGUAUGGCAUAAAAUUUUGUUUUUAUUCUUCUAA